AUGGCGCAAGCGGCGCUCACGGCGCUGGACACGUGGACGGCGCGGGAUUGGCGGAAGGAGGAGCGCCGGUGGCGCGAAGAGCUGCGCCGGUGGCGCGCGGAUGACAUCGCGUUCCGCGCGGAGGAGAGGCGAUUUAAAGCGGAGGAGCGGAUGUUCCGCGCUGUGCGGCACAGGUGUGCUUCUAGCGGGUGGCGCCACGAGAUAAUGCAGCAGCGCCACGUGGACAACGCCAUGCACCUGUGGGAUCGCCCUCCUUGCGUCUCUCUCCCCUCCCUCUUCUCCUCCCCCCGCCAGCACCAAGGAGAGGGCCAUGCCAUGGCAUGCCAUGUUGACACCCAACUCCCCACUUCUCCCUUGCCCUUUCUCUCACCCACUCUCACCUACAGGAGGGCCAUGCCAUGGCAUGGCAUGUUGACACCCAACUCCUUCUCUCGCUUCCCUCCCCUCUCACCCCUUGCCCUUUCGAACCCCUUCCCCCCUGCCUUUAGCACCAAGGAGUGCAGUGCAACAGGUGGGGCGUGGAGGAGAAAGCGGAGAGGAGCACAUGAGGGCCAUGGCAUGGCGUGGCACACCAACGCACCACUCCUCGUCCCACACCCUCUCUCACACUCCCUCUUCCUUCACGUUACCAGCACCAAGGAGUGCAACAGGCGAAGCGUGGAGGAGAAGGCGGAGCACAUGAGGGCCAUGGCGUGGCUGGCGGCUAUAGUGGGCGGAUUCACCAUGACUGCUCCUGUAGAAUUCACAUAUAGCGACCCCGAUGCUCCCAUGGCCCUUGUCACGGCAUACGCCCUCUGCACUGCUCUCGUGCCAUCACUGAUGGUGGUGGCGGCAAUGAUAGCAGUGUUCGUGCUGGGAGCAGUGCUGAGGAUGGGAAAGCUCUACGUGCACGAGAGGGAGGAGGAGGAGUUUCUCGCCUCUGCCCGCUACUUUGCACUCAACCGGGCGGCAGCGGGCGGCAACAGGACGACAAUUGCCGCCCCACCAGCUGCCUUGAGGAGCUUUGACCGCUUCUGGGACCUCAGAUGCGAGUCUGAUUGGCGGCUGACCUUCCGCCUCUUUUCUGCUGGUAUCACCUUCUUCUUCCCUCUGCUUGCCACCAUGGCGUUCCUCAAGUUCCACCCCAACAUCUGGAUCCCCUCCAUCUUCUCCUCUGUGCUGCUCGUGGCUCUCAUCCAAUGGUACACACCACUCAACUACACUCGUUUCCGCGUAUAA